UGUUCUGUUGUACAUAGUGUCACUAUGAGUCGGAACUGACUCAACAGCACCUUACAACAAGAACAGUUGCCAUGGGGUUCCUCACUUCUCAGUCAGCUUCUGCCCUCUGCACUGAAUGUGCCUUUCUAACUCCUUCCCAUACCCUGGUAUUCUGUUUGCCCUGCAUAACCCUUUGCUUGUCUUCCUCAUUGUAUCAGUAGCAUAAAUCACAACAUCCUUUUAAGGCUCAAUUCAAAUGUGCCUUCCUCCACAUAAAACUCUGAUUUCUAUUCUGUCCUUCUACUCAUGAGGGUGGUGGUAAUUUUUUCCAUCUUUAAAAUACCAGGCACUUUUUUUUCCUCUACACACUCCACAGUCAGCCUUGUAUUACGGUUAGGUGUGGCUCGUGUUUUAGCUCCUCUAUCACACUAAUUUACUUGGAAGCCAGCAUCCGCAUCUCACACCUUUUUUGUUUUUUAAUCUCGCACUGGACCUAUACAGUCAAUCCUUUUGAAAGGAUGGUUCAGUGUUAAAAAAUCAUACAAAAGCACCACUUUUUUUGAACCAGAAUAUUGUUGGAGUGCAUAAAGCCUAUGGAUAAGCAAUACCCAGCAGCUGUCCCUGGGUACAAAUCAGAAAAAUAAUUUCAGAUUAAACCAGAAUAAAGCACUAAGAGCAAAGUAGUUAUGAACCUCACUAAGGGUUAAGGUACAGUUUAGAUGUGCUCAGGGAAGCUUUGCCAAGACUGAAAAACUGAGUUUAUCUGACCAUCUGCAUUAUAUUCAGUGUGCUUUUUUUGUUGGGGGGAACCCUGUGAGCCAAGUUAACAAACAGAUUGCCUCUCUGAUUGGGAGUAUACUGGGUUCUUAAUGAAUGAACUCCCAGAAGUAUUUACUUACUGCUGUGGCAGAAUGUUUUCUAAUCAGGAGGCAUCAGGUUGUUGCCCAACCUUCAGUUUUCUGCAAGGCUAUAAAAGCACUGAUACUAUGGAAUUUUUUUGUUUUCUCCCAGGGGAUUCAUAAACAAAGUCUGUUGUCAAUUAAUUUAGUAACAGGUGUCUUAGGAAAAGGAACCUAUUCGUUUGUGUAAUCUGGCGGGUAGUUCAGCUGUAUAGUUACUUCUGUCAGAAUGUUUUAUAUUUUAGAAACUGAGACAACUUCCAAAUUAGUUUUUUUGAAUCCUUUAAUUUCUCCUGCCAGACCCAUUAACUCAGCCUGUUCACCUUUGGGAAAUCAUAGUUCCAUUCUUAAACUUUCUGUAAAAACCAUCCUCCUAAGUGAAUGUGAUGGUUGAUUAACUGAGAGCAUUCAGACUCAAGCUUUUCAGUAGUUUGUUCUGAGACCUAUUUGCUGUGACUUCGACGAGCAGAGAAUGGUUAAGAUGAAGCAGUAGGAACCAUAAUCAUAGUAUGCAAAUUACCUGCAUUAAAAGACUUGAAUUCAAUAAAUACUUGUAUUUUUACAUUCCACAUCCCUGAUUUUAUAGAAUCAUAAAGGUGGAAAGAAUCUCAACCGUCUUAGACCAAUGUUUAAUUUUUUCUUGUCUUACAGAUCUUUUUUGAGAUUAUGGUGACGGCUGUGGCUUCUUUCUUCGGAAAAAUACACUUACAUACAAAAGUUUACAUUCAGUUUCAAGAAGAUCUUGAAUUCCUGUUCAUGGAUUCUAGCCUGAAAAUGAAAUUUCUUCAGACUGCAAUCAUUUGUUAUGGAAUUAUAAACUGAACCUAACUACAGAUCCCAAAUUUGAAUCUGUGGCCAGAGAAGUUUGUAAAUCUACUAUAUCAGAGAUUAAAGAAUGUGCUGAUGAACCAGUCGGAAGAGGUUACUUGGUUUCCUGCUUGGUGGAUCACAGAGGCAACAUCACCGAGUAUCAGUGUCACCAGUAUAUUACCAAGAUGACGGCCAUCAUUUUCAGUGAUUACCGUCUAAUCUGUGGUUUCAUGGAUGACUGCAAAAAUGACAUUAACAUUCUGAAAUGUGGCAGCAUUCGGCUUGGAGAAAAGGAUGCACAUUCACAAGGUGAGGUGGUAUCAUGCUUGGAGAAAGGCCUGGUAAAGGAAGCAGAAGAAGGAGAUCCCAAGAUUCAAGUCUCUGAACUCUGCAAGAAAGCCAUUCUCCGGGUGGCUGAGCUGUCUUCAGAUGACUUUCAUUUAGACCGGCAUUUAUAUUUUGCUUGCCGAGAUGAUCGGGAACGUUUCUGUGAAAAUACACAAGCUGGUGAAGGCAGAGUGUAUAAGUGCCUCUUUAACCACAAAUUUGAAGAAUCCAUGAGUGAAAAAUGUCGAGAAGCACUAACAACCCGCCAAAAGCUGAUUGCCCAGGAUUAUAAAGUCAGUUAUUCAUUGGCCAAAUCGUGUAAGAGUGACUUGAAGAAAUACCGGUGCAAUGUGGAAAACCUUCCUCGGUCCCGGGAAGCCAGGCUCUCCUACCUUCUAAUGUGUCUAGAGUCAGCUGUACACAGAGGGCGACAAGUGAGCAGUGAAUGCCAGGGGGAGAUGUUAGAUUACCGACGCAUGUUGAUGGAAGACUUUUCUCUGAGCCCUGAGAUCAUCUUGAGCUGUCGAGGGGAAAUUGAACACCACUGUUCAGGAUUACAUCGAAAAGGGCGAACCCUACACUGUCUGAUGAAAGUAAUUCGGGGGGAGAAGGGGAACCUUGGAAUGAACUGCCAACAGGCGCUUCAGACACUGAUUCAGGAGACUGACCCUGGUGCAGAUUAUCGCAUUGAUAGAGCUUUGAAUGAAGCAUGUGAAUCUGUAAUACAGACAGCUUGCAAACACAUAAGAUCUGGAGACCCAAUGAUCCUCUCAUGCCUGAUGGAACACUUAUACACAGAGAAAAUGGUGGAAGAUUGUGAACACCGGCUCUUAGAGCUGCAGUAUUUCAUCUCCAGGGAUUGGAAGCUAGAUCCUGUCUUAUACCGCAAGUGCCAGGGAGACGCUUCUCGUCUUUGCCACACCCAUGGUUGGAAUGAGACCAGUGACCUUAUGAUGACUCCUGGAGCUGUGUUCUCUUGCUUAUAUAGACACGCCUACCGCACUGAGGAACAGGGAAGGAGGCUCUCACGGGAGUGCCGAGCUGAAGUCCAGAGAAUCCUGCACCAGCGUGCCAUGGAUGUGAAGCUGGACCCUGCCCUCCAGGAUAAGUGCCUUAUUGACCUGGGGAAGUGGUGUAGUGAAAAAACAGAGACCGGACAGGAGCUUGAGUGCCUCCAGGAUCAUCUCGAUGACUUGGUUGUAGAGUGCAGAGAUAUAGUCGGCAACCUCACAGAGUUAGAGUCAGAGGAUAUUCAAAUAGAAGCCUUGCUGAUGAGAGCCUGUGAGCCUAUAAUUCAAAAUUUCUGCCACGAUGUGGCAGAUAACCAGAUAGACUCUGGAGACCUGAUGGAGUGUCUGAUACAAAACAAGCACCAGAAGGAUAUGAAUGAGAAGUGUGCCAUUGGAGUCACCCACUUCCAGCUGGUUCAGAUGAAGGAUUUUCGAUUUUCUUACAAGUUUAAAAUGGCCUGCAAGGAGGAUGUGUUGAAACUUUGCCCCAACAUAAAAAAGAAGGUGGACGUGGUGAUCUGCCUGAGUACCACUGUGCGCAAUGACACCCUACAGGAAGCCAAGGAGCACAGGGUGUCCCUGAAGUGCCGCAGGCAGCUCCGAGUGGAGGAGCUGGAGAUGACAGAAGACAUCCGUCUGGAACCAGACCUGUAUGAAGCCUGCAAGAGUGACAUAAAAAACUACUGUUCCACUGUGCAAUACGGCAAUGCUCAGAUUAUUGAAUGCCUGAAAGAAAACAAGAAGCAGCUAAGUACCCGUUGCCACCAAAAAGUAUUUAAGCUGCAGGAGACAGAGAUGAUGGACCCGGAACUAGACUAUACACUGAUGAGAGUCUGCAAGCAAAUGAUAAAGAGGUUCUGUCCUGAAGCAGAUUCUAAAACCAUGUUGCAGUGCUUGAAGCAAAAUAAAAAUAGCGAACUGAUGGAUCCCAAAUGCAAACAGAUGAUUACCAAGCGCCAGAUCACCCAGAACACAGAUUACCGCUUAAACCCUGUGCUAAGGAAAGCCUGUAAAGCUGACAUUCCUAAAUUCUGUCAUGGAAUCCUGACUAAGGCCAAGGACGAUUCAGAGUUAGAAGGUCAAGUCAUCUCUUGCCUCAAACUGAGAUAUGCCGACCAGCGCCUCUCUCCAGACUGUGAAGACCAGAUCCGAAUUAUUAUCCAAGAGUCUGCUCUAGAUUACCGACUAGACCCUCAGCUCCAGCUGCAUUGCUCAGAAGAGAUCUCUAGUCUUUGUGCCGAAGAAGCAGCAGCCCAAGAGCAGACAGGUCAAGUAGAAGAGUGCCUCAAAGUUAACCUGCUCAAAAUCAAAACUGAGUUGUGUAAAAAGGAAGUGUUAAACAUGCUGAAGGAAAGCAAAGCAGACAUCUUCGUGGACCCAGUUCUUCAUACAGCUUGUGCCCUGGACAUCAAACAUCACUGUGCAGCCAUUACCCCUGGCCGAGGGCGUCAAAUGUCCUGCCUUAUGGAGGCCCUGGAGGACAAGCGAGUGAGGUUACAACCUGAGUGCAAAAAACGCCUCAACGACCGGAUUGAAAUGUGGAGUUAUGCAGCAAAGGUGGCCCCAGCAGAUGGCUUCUCUGAUCUCGCCAUGCAAGUGAUGACAUCCCCAUCAAAGAACUACAUUCUCUCUGUAAUCAGUGGGAGCAUCUGCAUAUUGUUCCUGAUUGGCCUGAUGUGUGGACGUAUCACCAAGCGAGUAACACGAGAGCUCAAGGACAGGUAGAGCCGUCUUGACCACCAAAGGAACUACCUGUCCAGUGCCCAGUUUGUACAGCCCUCCUGUAUAGUGUACCUAUUCACCUCACUCUUCUAAGAGGUGACAUCAACACCCAUGUUAGAGCAGCAGCAGGUAGCCACUGCAUUGUCCUAUUUCAGACGUCAUCCAUGUCCAUGGUGUCCUCCUCGUUCUCAGCCAUUUGUGCAGCAUCAGCACCUGGCCGCUUCGGUUAUUGCCUUUAUUGGCAAACUUUGGGUUACCUGCCCGUAGGCAAGUCUCUUAUACCAAUGGAACUACCAGUACUUCCAGAACCAACUCACCUGACCUGCAACUCAUGAUUUUUUUUUUUUUUUUUAAAAAAAAAAACACCAAAAAAAAGAAA